AAUCAUCUAUCUGCGACUUUCAGUUCAGAGAAUUUUGUUGGGCAGCAAAUUGCUGUCAGGAUGAAGCUUUAUAGUCUUGGAGUCCUUGUAGCCAUCGUCCUCUGUGAGCAGCAAGGCUUCGCCUGUCAGAGUGGCCAGGUUCUAGCUGCUAUCCCUAGAACCUCUAGACAAGUUCAAGUUCUGCAGAAUGUUACUACAACCUAUGAGAUUGUUCUCUGGCAGCCAGUAACAGCUGAAUUUAUUGAAAAGAAGAAAGAAGUCCAUUUUUUUGUGAAUGCAUCUGAUGUAAGCAAUGUGAAAGACCACUUAAAUGUGAGCAGAAUUCCAUUCAGUGUCCUGAUGGGAGAUGUGGAAGAUCUUAUUCGACAGCAGACUUCCAAUGACACAGUCAGUCCUCGGGCCUCCUCGUCAUACUAUGAACAGUAUCACUCACUAAAUGAAAUCUAUUCUUGGAUAGACGUUAUAACUGAGAGAUAUCCUGGUAUGCUUAAAAAAAUCCACAUCGGCUCCUCAUAUGAGAAGAACCCACUUUAUGUUUUAAAGGUUUCUGGAAAAGAACAAGCAGGCAAAAAUGCCAUGUGGAUUGACUGUGGAAUCCAUGCCAGAGAAUGGAUCUCUCCUGCUUUCUGCUUGUGGUUCAUAGGUUAUGUGACUCAAUUCUAUGGGAAAGAGAAGAUGCACGUUAAUCUUCUGGAGCACAUGGAUUUCUAUGUCAUGCCAGUGGCUAAUGUGGAUGGUUACGACUACACAUGGAAAAAGAACCGAAUGUGGAGAAAGAACCGUUCUCUCCACAAAAACAAUCUGUGCAUUGGAACAGACCUGAACAGGAACUUUGCUUCCAAACACUGGUGUGAGAAAGGCGCAUCAAGUUUUUCAUGCUCUGAAACCUACUGUGGGCUUUAUCCUGAGUCCGAGCCAGAAGUGAAGGCAGUGGCUGAUUUCUUGAGAAGAAAUAUCAACCACAUUAAAGCAUACAUCAGCAUGCAUUCAUACUCCCAGCAUAUACUGUUUCCAUAUUCUUAUAACAGAAGCAAAAGCAAAGACCAUGAGGAACUGUCUCUAGUGGCCAGUGAAGCAGUUCGUGCUAUUGAGAGCAUUAAUAAAAAUACCAGGUAUACACAUGGCAGCGGCUCAGAGACUUUAUACCUGGCUCCUGGAGGUUCUGAUGACUGGAUCUAUGAUUUGGGCGUCAAAUAUUCAUUUACCAUUGAACUUCGAGAUAAAGGCAAAUACGGAUUCUUGCUGCCGGAGCGUUACAUUAAACCCACGUGUACAGAAGCUCUUGCGGCUGUCUUUGAAAUAGCUUCGCACGUCAUCAGGAAUGUUUAACGCCCUUGAUUUUUUCACUCUGCUCUCAUAUUGUUAAUUCCAGCGAGACCAAAUUGUUGUUAGCAGUUUCUUCUUUUAAAGUUUGGUCAGUAGUUUUGGUAAAGGGUUUUCCUAUUCCUUGGUUUUUAUCAAAGAACAAGAUACAUGCCAUUUUG